GCCAUGUAAAACAGUUUGCUGAUAGUGUUGCAAUAGAUACUUGAAUUCAUGUAUUGCAGAUAUCCGGAUUUGAUCCAGAGGAUCUGACCGUGGAUGUUGGGUACUGGUUUAAAGGAAGCACCAACCGUAAAGGUUACCUGGCAGAUGACAAAGUUCAUCAAGAAACUGUGUGCGAGGUUCAUGAAGCCGUCAGCACUACAGGGCCGACAAGUCCAUGACAUCCUCUACAAGGACCCACUAAACCAACUGCCAGGAGAAAAUCUAAAUGUUGGCUUCACCACCAGAGCUACCCUCAAUAGGCUCCUUGAGGCUGGAGACAUCACACCUCAGGAGGUGCAGCUAUUCCAACAGGCAGCACUGGCAUUUCUGGUCAGGGCUGUGGAGUAUGGCAUCAAUAAACUCCCUCUGAAGGAGGCUCUUCUGAGGCAUACAAGAUUUGUGGAUGUGCAGCAGAGGACUGAGUGUGGGGUGGAAGAUGCCCUAUACUUUAUAGACAGAUUUCAGGAACUACUACCUUUCCAUGGGCCGGAGGAACAGGACAAGGUGUGUAAGCAGUUCCUGGAAUAUCAGCUGAUGGAUAUCCCCAUGCCCCAAGAUCCCACCACCUUUAAUGUUGAGGAGUUUUGGGGGAGUAUGUCCUCAAUCAAGUGCAAGGUGACCGGUUUGAGCCAGUUUGGGAGGCUCACUAAAAUAGCUCAACUUGUUCUAGUGCUCCCUCACUCUAAUGCUGACGCGGAGAGGGUUUUCUCGAUGGUUGGACUGAACAAGACAAAAACUAGGAACAGCUUGGCCCUAGAUGGAACACUGUCCUCCAUCAUGACAGUGAAGAUGGCAGAUAAGACCACCGUCCCCACCCAAAGCCCCGCCACUGCCAAAAUCUCACUCUGA